AGCCUGAUUUCUGAUUUCCCACCAAACUUUUCCAAUUCCCUGAAAACAUAUCCCCGACUCCGACUCAACCAAAUCAAAAGACACCAAACAAAACCCUGAAAACCACAUGGAUUCCCAAUUCCACGGACUGCCUCCUCUGAAAAGAAUCAGACUCAUGCAACUACAGCAAGAAGAAGAUGAAGAACUACAAUGCAGUGGCCGUGCGGCUGCCUCCUCACGCCUUCCGGCCAAGAAGCGGAAGGAAUCCCGGGAUCCGCCUCUCGCAGUUGCUGCCACCGCAACCGCCUAUUGCUUGCCUGCCAAGAAAAGGGUAUGGGCGCUUCAACCAGAUUUCUUUGCCCACGAGCCCCUCUCGCUGCCUCUAGACCUCAAUGUCGAGUACAAGCCGCCUCCGGCUUUUGAGGAAGAAACAGAAGCUGUAAAAGAAGAUAAUGGUGGUGGUGAUGAUGAUGAUGAUGAUGGGAUUCUAUGUGCUGUUUGCCAGAGCACAGAUGGGGACCCUUCAGAUCCUAUUGUGUUCUGUGAUGGCUGUGAUCUGAUGGUGCACGCCACCUGCUAUGGCAAUCCCCUUGUGAAGGCUAUUCCAGACGAUGAUUGGUUCUGUACCCAAUGCAUAGUUUCUUCUUCAAAAGCUAAGAAAGAUGGAAACCCCUCUCCUUGCUGCUGCCUGUGUCCAAUCAAGGGGGGUGCAUUGAAGCCCACGGUAGACGGGCAGUGGGCGCAUAUCGUGUGCGCUUUGCUGGUGCCGGAGGUGUUCUUCGCCGACGCGGAAGGCCGGGAGGGGAUCGAUUGCUCCAAGGUCCCAAAGAAGAGGUGGGAAGACAAGUGCUACGUUUGCAAGAGUAAAAGUGGGUGCGCUGUGGAGUGCUCUGAACCCAAGUGCCCUCUGGCUUUUCAUGUCUCUUGCGGGUUGAAGGAGGAUCUUUGUAUCGAGUACAGAGAAGGGAGGAAGAAGGAUGCUAUUGUUGCUGGUUUCUGCAAAAACCACACAGAAUUAUGGGAAAAGCAACAACAAACAGGAAAGUUCAAGAUUGUGGCUAGAGAUGAGCGCAAGAAGUAGUUUGAUUGUGGUGGCUUCCAAGUUUUUUGUUUGUUAAUUAUCUUAGUUCAGGUAGCAAUUUAAUAUUUCUGAUGUUUUUGAUUGAUGUUAGAUGAACAAUCCAUUCUUAUUUCGUAUGGUGACUCUAGUGCAGAAGUUAAUCAAAUAGUCGUUAGUCAUUUUUAGUCCUCGCUCUCUCUUGACCUCCAAUGGAAGCUUCUGGAAUCUGAUGUUCUAUGAGAUCUAAAUUGGCUCUAGAGUCUUUUAGCUCACUGCAGUGUACACAUGAAUCAUUAUUGGCUUCUUUGUAUUGAAUCAUUGA